GUGCUCCCGAACACGCCGCUUUACGAGGUGAAAUGGCAGGCCCAACAAGCCUUGAAUUGCCGCCUAGAUUUUCUCAUUCGGCAGAGCGGCUGCCGACUUCGGGAAGCCUCCACCCUGGAGGAGCUAGGGCUCGAGGAUGGAGAAACGGUAAGCGCGGCGACUUUGCGCAGGCCCCUCCCUGCCAACCGCCUGGCGCAUGCUUUCGCCCUGGUAAGACGGGACGGCUCGCUGGUCGUUUGGGGCAACCAGUCAUUGGGCGGGGAUUGCCUUGAAGUGCAGGAGCAGCUGAAAGAAGUGGAGGAUGUGAUCUUCUCUCAUGGAGCGGCAGCUGCGCGCUUAGCGAAUGGCCGAGUGGUCACUUGGGGAGAUCAGCGAUACGGUGCCGACAGCAGCACGGCGCAAGCUGAGCUACACGAUGUGCGUGACAUCCGAGCAGCGUAUGAUACCUUUGCGGCACUGCGUUCUGACGGUCGGGUCGUCAUGUGGUCCCACCGUGGCAGCGCCUGCUUAGACCACCCCCGAGGUUUCAUUGUAGCAGCUGCAGUAGCAGAGGCGGUGCAACGACAGCCCGAGUCAUCACACCAAGAAGAGGAGUGCGGCUCCUGGCAUCAGCAAGGUAUGCCUUUGCCGCGGUUCUCGAAGAGGGCGGAAAAGUGGUCGCUUGGGGCGAUGUCAAGCACGGCGGCGAUGUUGGUGCUGCAGCCGAGGAUCUUGUCGACGUUUGCCAGAUCGAGGCCACGAGUUCCGCCUUCGCUGCUCUUCGUUCGGAUGGAGUUGUCAUCCCGUGGGGCGAAGCAACUUCAGGCGGUGAUCCCGGGCCUUUAG